UGCUCUGCCUCCGGGUGCUAACGCUCCGGACCCCUCAUCUCAUGCCUCGUCUGGAACGGUGAGGAAACGUACCCACAACAAAUUACAAUACUGGGUGAAUUGCAACAAUAAUAAUAUGUUCUGGAGAAACAAUGAUUGACUAUGCGUUUUUGCUUCCAAGCUGUCGCCCUUUUACGGUUGGGAAGUUCUGAAAAAGCGCAAAAGGACCUGGAACUUUAGAAGACUUCCAGUUGCUUUCCACUCUACGGAUCAAGCCGGGGGUCCGGUCGAGCUUUAAAGUCUAUGCAAUACAUUUUAGACUUCUCUCGACUCAGGGAUUUGUGCGCUCGGAAAGCUUCAUUUCUACAAAAUUGUCCUAGGUUAUGUUUUGUCGUGGUGGGCACAUUCAUGUGCUAAGGAUAUGGUAUUUCUUUAACAUUAUCCUGUUUUUGUUUUUGACAAUGGAGAGCAAAUGAAAGGGGCAUUUCACGGGAUUAAUUGACAGCACAACGACAGAAUGCGGGAGAGAGACCUCCGGAGCGUGUGCAGAAGGGUGCUGCUGCUGGCCGUCUGUGUGGUGUCUCUCUGGGGACAGCUGACCCUCGCAUCGUCACACAGAAGUCACAUAGUGCAUGUCAAAGCAGGGACCUGUGAAGUGAUUGCUGCCCACCGCUGCUGCAACAAGCACAAGAUUGAGGAGAGAUCCCAGACGGUCAAAUGUUCCUGCUUCCCCGGACAGGUUGCCGGGACAACAAGAGCGGCUCCAUCUUGUGUGGACGCAUCUAUAGUUGCACAGAAGUGGUGGUGCCAGAUGCAUCCAUGUAUGGAUGGGGAGGAGUGUAAAGUGUUGCCUGACCUGAAAGGCUGGAGCUGCAGUACAGGAAACAAAGUAAAGACGACGAAGGUGGGUGCAUAAUGUCACACGAUAGUGCUGUCUGUCCUGGAUCUGAAGACUUGGCAUCAGUCAUCUCUUCCUUGACAGAAACCACAGGGACUUCUUGGAUGUGAAGACUAUGUAUUGAAGGAUUGGGGAUGGAACCAGGGACCAGCAAGGGAAAAAAAGGAAACACUGAAAUUCCACUGAAUGGAUGCAGAGCAGAGACUUGACUCGGAGAUCCCAUAGAACCACCUAUCCAGACUACUGGACUACUGAUUAGAUCCCAUAGAACCACCUAUCCAGACUACUGGACUACUGAUUAGAUCCGAUUCCUAGACAUUAUUGUUUAUGUUUUUUCCUCCAAUGAACUGCUACAGUAGGAAAUCCAAACCUGCAAGGUAUUUAUUCAGUAAAAACAAAAACUGUGGAUUAUGCAAGAAAGAUAAACCUUAAUGCGAAACAUGAGACAUGACAUUUUCAAAUAUUUUUCCUCUUUUUGCCACAGAGAGCUUAAUGACUCCAAAACAACGUGUUUGUGUUCGAGAUUUAGAUCAUAAGCAUAUCCAUUUAUUUUUAACCUUAUGAAGCAGACAUCUCUUCUUUUUAAGGUUUUGGAUUUUUUAAAAGUAUUAAGUGUUCGAUUUUAGUGAUUCUGUUGGACUGUCAGGUCUGCUUUUGAAGACUUGAGACAUCAAAGGAGAUGCCACAGUGUAAAACAGUACUAACUACUAUGUUGCAGUGCUUGAAUUAAAGGCACCAUGGUUUCCACAAACCAAUUAAAAUGACAUAAGCUGAACUCCAACUGUUUUAAUAUGUUUUUAAAAGCCUGGUGACCAACAUUGAGUAAAAGUGUCAGUAUUAUCUCAAUAAACCUAUGUCAAAA